CAGGAGGUCGUGGUGAAACACCGCUCGAGUCACCGCACGUAGCCCGCGGCGCCGACGUUUGCGUGCGCGUGCUCGUGUGCGCGCUCACGGGGGCUAUUGUGUUUUUUUAAUCAACAAGGAGACCGCCGUGGCCAGCGCGGGUAACCGAGCCUGCCGGAGCCGAGCGACCACCCCGGGGGACCGAUAGAACCAUGGCGGACGAGCAAGAAAUAAUGUGCAAACUGGAGAACAUCUUGGAAAUACGGAACAAGACCAUCCAGAUGCAAAAGAUCAAGUCUCGUCUGAAGGUUGAGUUCGAGGCUCUGGAGUCUGAGGAGAAGCAUCUCAAGGAGUACAAACAGGAGAUGGAUCUGCUCCUGCAAGAGAAAAUGGCCCACGUGGAGGAGCUGCGGCUCAUCCAUGCAGAUAUCAAUGUGAUGGAGAGCACCAUCAAGCAGUCGGAGAACGACCUGAAUAAGCUGCUAGAAACCACUCGCCGGCUGCACGAUGAGUACAAACCUCUGAAGGAACACGUUGAUGCCCUCAGGAUGACUUUAGGCCUACACAGACUUCCUAAUCUCAACGAAGAAGAGGAGAAGCUUUCUCUGGACUACUUUGAGAAGCAGAAAGCGGAGUGGCAGAAGGAGCCACAUGAGCCUGCCAUCCCAGAAUCUCUUGCUGCGGCUGCAGCGGCAGCACAGCAGCUUCAGGUGUCCAGGAAGCAAGAUGCCCGUCAGACGGCCACCUUCCGACAGCAGCCUCCACCCAUGAAGGCUUGUCUGUCCUGCCACCAGCAGAUCCAUCGUAAUGCUCCCAUCUGCCCAUUGUGCAAAGCCAAAAGCCGCUCCCGCAACCCGAAGAAGCCCAAGAGGAAGCCAGAUGAGUAGAUCCCACUCCACCGUCAGCUCCUGCAGGGUUUAAAGGGAACUGCUCGGCCAUGUUCAUUACAAAUAUAUGGCUGAAAUAAGAGAUCUGUGCGUCAGGACAAAUUUAACAGCAACUGGUUCUUAGUAACUUGUUCAUAAGUCAUCAACUGAUGGAGGACUGAUAAUUUCAUUGUGUUGUUUGUUUUUAUUAGUGCUUUGGAUGUGUUUGUAUGUAGCUGUAUGACUUCCAUCGUAGGUUUACUAGCCCCUAAACAUUGUACCUGCAAUAAUGCAAAAAUGAACUGGAUAAAAAAGUCCUAAUAAUUUCAUCCAUGUUGCUGUUGUCCAUCGCCACAUAUAUAUAUCGUACUGUACUUCCUCAUUUCUAAUGCAUGCGCCUUCCAUGACUGUCUGUUGUGUAUUAUUUGUGCCAAUAUAAAGUCUAAUAGGUUUAUUAGCUAAGUUAAUAAAACAUGUUGUUGUUUUAAUGUUUACAGUGUUUAAGUGACCAGAAACUGGACAUAAAAAGGCCAGGCUCAUGAAUAGUGUUGUGUUUAACUUUAAUACAGUGAUAAAAAAAUUAAAUGGCUGUUUUGUA